AUGGCGAAGAACAACAACAUUAAAUCCCUAAACCCUUUGGCUCCACCAUACCUAAAAUCUCCACCAACUCUCUGCUACAUCCACACAUUCCCUGUAGUAUAUCUUCGCACUUUGCAACCAGUGAUCUCAUACAAUGUCCACCGUCCUACUACUAAAUCACUUCCACCACCACCACCACCAUCUUCAAAAGUGAAGAAGAAAUUCCCACUAACCCCGGUUCCAUGCGGCCCCCGAGCUGCUGCAAUGUCUCGUGGCCGUAAACUCAUAUGGCGUCCGAAACCAGCAGAAAACAAAGCUACGAUCCCAAAACAACCACGGGUUGGAGGAAGAAAAAGGUGGAAGAAUACAAGUGCUGACUAUCACCAGACUUUGCCACUGGAAUCCGAAACGACUUCUCUCAUGAUUAAGAACAUUCCCAACAAAUACACGAGGGAGUUAUUGAUUCUCACUUUGGAUAAUCAUUGCAAGAAUGAGAACAACAACACUGAGAAUGAAUUUAUUUCUGCUUAUGAUCAUGUUUAUUUGCCCAUAGAUUUCAAGAGUCGAGUCAAUGCUGGUUUUGCCUUUGUAAACUUUACAAAUGCAAAAGCUGCUGUGAAGUUUAAGGAAGCGUUUCACGGUAAACGAUGGGCCUUCUCCGACAGUCCAAAGGUUGCUGAGAUUUCCCGGGCCAAGAUUCAGGGUAUAAAAGCUAUAAUAAAUCACUGCCAGAUGAUGGAUUUCAAGUGUGGAUCAGAUGAGGACUUACCUGUGAUCUUUAAACCCGCAAGAGAUGGGUCGGGUCGGUUCGAUUCCAAGAUGUUUAAACUGGGUAAGUUUGUUAAGUGA